UGUGAACACAUCAAAGGACCUCAUGGACCUCUUUGAAGCCGGAGGGGCUGGGUCACACUACCGCUACUAGUUCACGGACCCACCGAGCGUGUAGGAGCUAAACAAGUCCAACGGACGGGGACUAGAAAGGUGUACUUUUAUGUGUACUUUGUUCCGCUCUUUGGACAGUAUCUUCGCUUCUUUCCGACGUAGUAGAACCCAAGCUGGUGAUUUGACUUGACAAGCCCGCUCCGCUACUGUAUCCACUCCCCCUCCUCCUCCCCAGCGCCACACAACCAGGAAAUCGUCGAGGUGUGCUCGGUUUAUCCCGCUAGUAGCUACCCCGUCUGCGGGUGUAGAUGCGACUUCACCCCCGUUGAAUAUCUCCGCGUUUAAGGGGUUUGGGCUUGUUUGACUUUAAUCAGCGGGGGCUUCCGCUUUCAAGUGAGCCCAAAGUUGCCCGCCAGGAGAGGAGCUGCACUCCGGCCAAACAAUGAGUGAGUCGAGUAUCUGCCAGGCUCGUGCCACUGUGAUGAUCUACGACGAUGGCAACAAGAAAUGGCUGCCGGCAGGUGCUGGGCCCCAAGCCUUCAGCCGGGUGCAGAUCUAUCACAACCCCUCCAACAACGCCUUCCGGAUAGUGGGCCGCAAGAUGCAAACAGAUCAGCAGGUGGUUAUAAACUGUCCUAUCGUGAGAGGCUUGAAGUACAACCAGGCCACACCUAAUUUCCACCAGUGGCGGGAUGCUCGACAGGUGUGGGGACUUAACUUUGGCAGCAAGGAGGAUGCUGCGCUCUUUGCCAAUGGCAUGGCGCACGCUGUGGAGGUGCUCAACUCUAUGGCAGAUGCAGGUUAUGCCACGCUUCCUCGGCCAGUGUCAAACGGUCCAUCUCCUGAAGAAAUUGAGCAGCAGCGCAGGUUGGAACAGCAGGAGCGUGAGCGUCAGGAGCGUGAGCGUCAGGAGAGAGAGCGACAAGCUGCAGCAGUAGUCUCUGUUCCUCCAGCUCCACCAUUGGCCCCUGGUGGCCUUGCUCCUCCGCCGGCUCCUCCCCCUCCCCCUGGGCCUCCUCCGCCCGCUAGCGUCCCUCCCCCUCCAGGACCGCCGCCAGCUGGACCCCCAUCCGGACCCCCAUCCGGAGGACCGCCGCCACCUCCACCCCUGCCCUCUGCUGGAGCUGGGGGUCUUGGUGGUGGAGGAGCCGGGGGCUUGGCGGCCGCCCUAGCAGGAGCAAAGCUUCGCAAGACGUCUAAACAAGAAGAUGGAUCCUCUGCGGCUCCAGGGGGCAAAGCCGACGCCAGCCGCAGCAGCAACUCUUCAAUUGGAGGAGGUGGUGACCUGAUGGGUGAGAUGAGUGCCAUCUUGGCUCGAAGGAGAAAAGCUACUGACACUGGUGAGAAGGUGCCUCAGAAGACACAAGACAAUGAGGACUCAGAACCUCCAGGUCACAGUGACAUCAUAAGACGACAGUGGGAGAAAUCAUCAACGAUGUCCAGGAAUAACUCCAUUCCCAAGAGCAUGGACUCCAUCUCCUCAUUGUCCCAAAGUUCCAGGGUGAAGCCUGCAAACAACGGUAAUGACGCAAGCGGACAAGUAGACGACUCAGACUUAGAGAAAAUGAAACAGGAAAUCCUCGAGGAGGUGAGAAAAGAACUUCAUAAAGUAAAGGAAGAAAUCAUCAGAGCCUUCAUUCAGGAGCUGCAAAAGAGAAGCACAUAGUUGCGAUGUAGCAGAGGGAUGUGAUGGAUGGAGGCGUGUUGGGACCUUUGCUCCACUGCGCCAUCUAUAAUGUAGCCCAGGGAUUUCUCAUUUUGUCUUCUCUCUCUCUCUCUCUCUCUGUCUCUGUCUCUCUCUCUGUCUCUCUGUCACACACACACACACACACACACACACACACACACACACACACACACACACACACACACACACAAGCAUUGCUUUUGUUUCACCAUGCAUUCAUGCUCUUAUUGUAAAUGAUAACCCAGGGAACCGCCUCCUCAGGCAGCCAUGCCACUUUGUCAACGGUGGCUUGCUUAUUUUGAUGAUCCUGUCGUUUUUUUCAUCCUAAUCCCAACGUUUCCUCUGUGGGAAUCAAUCGCAGCCAGAGCUUGCCGUCAUUGUCAUCUUCAUAUCAGGAGUCUUUUCUGCUAUGCGUGCUGGUCUGACAGGACGCAUUUACUGUUAAAGCAAUAUUCAGGGCUUAAAAGUAUCUGCCACAUUUUUACUGUAACAGCAAGAUGCUGAAAUGUUGGGAUUUUACAAUGUUCUCCCAGCUCAAACACUGCAAUCUGUCACACAUCUGCUGGUUUAUUUCCAUUCAUUCUAAUCGGAAGAAGGAAAAGCGACCGUUAGGAGUAGAUCAGAGAACUCUGACUGAAGACCCAAGCCUUUACUGCUGCGGGAAGGAGAGACGAGCAAAAUGGACGACGUUGGACAAGCGGAAUGCUGUGAAAGAGGAGCAUGUUGUCGUUUUAUGAAACGUGUUCUCUUUACAUUGCACUUGAUCCGGAGUUAAGUGUGAGCGUGUGCCACACUGCCUUGACAGACUCCCCUCUCAACACCCCCACCACCUUUUCCGUCAAAAAGAAAUAUUGUUGUCGGCCAGUGCAGUGGUCCUAAACUGUGCUUUUGCUGGUUCUUUGUCUUCAAUUAUUUGCUAUAUUUUCUACCUUUUCUGGAAAAAAAAACAUGGCCAUGAAUAGGUCAAUUAAUUUGGCCAUGACCAACUGCCUUGAGAAUGAAUAUAUAAAUAUAUAUAUAUAUAUGGAUAAAUAUAUGUUUUGAGGGAAAAUGUUAACAAAAAUGAAAUGGUUUUUCUAUUUUAAUUAAAAUGACUGGUGAAUGGGGAUUUUUUUUUGUUCCAUUUUGAUGAUUGUUUUCUUAUGUUAUUUUGGGUUUCUUUUUCUUAUAGAGUCUAGGCUUUUUACACUGAAAUAUAAAGAAAACAGCUUAGAGACACUGGAUUAGAAAUGCCUUUAUAGUCCAAUACAGCUGCUUCUUGAAAUGCA